AUCUCAAACUGCCUUGCUUAUGAUGUUGGACAAUAAAUACGUUUUACGUGGCAUUAAAUAAAGAAGCAGGUUGAGAAUGAUGUGUAUUAUUUGGACACUCGUGCUGCUGGUUGCCAUUAUUCCCCGGCCCGGGGGUGGUACUGUGGUGGAUCUAACGCACACAUAUGGACCGGACGUGUUGUACCCACCCAUCGGCCCUGGGGGAACGGCUGAUAUGUUCAACUUCACUAUCAUGCAUCGCGGCUAUGAACCAUCUCUUGACGCCUGGCUUGAAAUAAACUGGUUCGGCGUGUUCGAGCACGGAAGCACCCAUGUUGACGCGCCUGCGCACUACGCACAGGGUCGCGCGCACCUGCACGAAAUUCCCGUGGAACAGUUGAUUGGUCCGGGCGUUAUGAUCGACAUCACUGACAAGGCGAAACAUGACAAAGAUUAUUUGCUAACAAUACAGGACAUUUUGGCCUGGGAAGAAGAUCAUGCGCAAAUCCCGCAAGCUUCUAUCGUGAUGCUGAACACUGGAAAACACAAGCUUUAUCCCAACAGGAAGUUGUUCUACGGCACCGAGACGCCUGACGACAUGACCACCUACCAUAACCCCGGCGUCAACCCGGAUACCGCGAAAUGGCUGAUUCAGAAUAGACAGGUCAAAGCCUUCGGUACGGACGCCCACUCCUGCGAUCCCGGGCAGAACAGCAACCGAAACCGUUGCCAUGAAGAAUUUCUUCCAAAUGGCGUCAUUCUGCUGGAGUUCGUGGCAAACCUCGAUCGGAUGCCUCCGGUGAAUUCCACGAUCUUCCUUGGACCAAUGAAAAUGCGUGACGGAAGUGGCGGACCUUGCCGAAUUUUGGCAAUCUAUGGCGAAGAUAUUGCCGGCGUGUCUGCUGGAAACGCGAUGUCAUUUUCGAUUCUGCUGUCUACGUCUGCACUUGUUUUGAAUUUACUGUUAUAAAUAAUGACUCAUUUUCCCACAACGAUGAACGUGAAACGCAUAUUAUUCAAGAUAAUAUUAUUUUAGCAACCUUUAGUCAUAACAUAACUAUUAUCUUUAUU